AUGAGUUCUAGCUCUAUAAACAGCCGAUUAAAAGGCCUUGGAUUUGGCUCCAAACGUAAAUCGGGUACCAGCGCCACUACAACCUCCUUGGACGAAUCUCCUUCUUCCCCCACGCCUCAAACAAAGCACCAACAACAGCAACAACAACAACAUACUCGUCCUUUGACUUCUGCUACCUCCAGCUCAACAAGUCUUCCUAUGAACCCUCCGAAUCCUGGUGGGAGGCCUCCUAGUUACACAAACAAUUUUGCACCCGCACCCGCCCGAAUCGGCCGCCAAAGUCCUAUGCCGAGCAACUCACGAUCGGCCCCUGCUCAAGUUAUCGGUGGCCCCCCUCCUAUCAAUACAUCAUCCGCUGGAUUUUCUCCCGUACACCCUGGAAGUGGUAUGGGUGGCCCGCCACCAUCCGCCGGAGGACCACCUGGAUAUGGUCCUCCACAGUAUGCUUCUACUAGUCAAAGUAUUACUCCUGCACCAUAUACCAGCAGAAACCAUGCUGUAGAAGUAGAGGGUGCAGGAAGAAGCAAAGCGCAGCUUAUCGUCGGAAUUGAUUUUGGUACUACAUUUUCUGGUGUGGCUUUUGCUUUUGCCACCAAUACUGAAGCUAAGGAGGAUAUCAUAACUGAAUGGCCAGGUGCAGGCUCUUACACCAAACAAAAAAUUCCUACCGUACUAUACUAUGAUCAGUACCAAAAAGUUGUGGGCUGGGGUCCAGAUAUCGCGGAUGCCCUUGCGCCAACGGGCUACGCAAAGCCGGGUGUGCAAAAAGUAGAAUGGUUUAAGCUUCAACUUAUGCUUUCUGGUAACACAUAUAUUGAUCCCAUAAAUCUUCCUCCGCUUCCUCCGGGCAAAUCCGAGAUUGAUGUGGCGGCUGAUUAUCUCUUUAAGCUUCGUCAGGCCAUGCGGAGUCAAUUACAGAAAACUUUGGGUGAGGUUUUUAACCGAGAAGAGCGAAAUAUCAGGUAUUACCUCACCGUCCCAGCCAUCUGGAACGACGCCGGAAAAGCUGCAACACGGGCUGCAGCAAUCCAAGCAGGAUUUCUACGUGACGAAAAUGACAACCGUCUAACCCUUAUAACUGAACCUGAAGCAGCAGCUCUAUUCUGCUCCAAAGCUGGGCUACUUAACCUCAAAGUUCACGAUGCAGUAUUGAUCGUAGAUUGUGGUGGAGGUACAGUUGAUUUGAUUGCUUAUGAAGUGGAAGAAGAGUCGCCCUUCACCGUUUCAGAGUGUACGGCGGGAUCAGGUGAUUCUUGUGGAUCUACAGCUUUGAAUCGAAACUUCAGCAAUAUCUUGCGAACGAAGAUCCGCAAGAUGAAACUACCUGAUGGCUCGAAGACAGCCGGUAGAGUCUAUGCCAAGUGUAUCAUGGAUUUUGAGAACCGGAUCAAGGCAGACUUCCGUAACAACAACCAAAAGUGGGCAGUGGAUGUUGGUAUCGAAGCCGAGUUUCCUGAAGCUGGGAUAGAGGAAGGCUACAUGACCUUUACUAAUGAAGAAAUAUUGCAGUGCUUCGAGCCCGUCGUCAAUCGAAUCCUAGAAUUGGUUCGUAAUCAGAUCAUCGCUAUCCAAGCACAAAAUCGAUUACUUCAGAAUGUCCUCGUUGUCGGUGGCUUUGGGGCCUCUGAGUAUCUCUUUCAACAAAUUAAACUCCAUGUGCCGCCACAAUUCCAGGCUAAGGUCGUACGACCUAUGGACUCUGUUGCAGCAAUUGUCAAAGGCGCAGUAACUGCUGGCAUCACCGAGCGAGUCGUUACUUCUCGAGUCGCUCGUCGUCACUAUCUAAUGGCCACACUCCAGCCCUUCAAAGAGGGCCAUCAUCCGGAAGCAUAUCGUGUACCUUCGCUGGAUGGUAAGGAUCGAUGCAAGUUUACAAGACAAAUUUUUGUCCAGAAGGGACAAAGAGUCAAGAUUGGUGAACCGGUCAAGGUCUCCUUCUUCCGACAGGUUGCUCCUGGAGCUACCCUCAUGUAUGAGGACAUAUUGUAUGCGUGCGAUGAUGACGUCUGCCCUGAGUAUACCAAAGAUCCUCGGGUUAAGGAGGUCGUAACUCUUACAUCUGAUCUAUCGCGCAAAAACCUGGAAAAAGACUUUGAGCUUAUUAACAUUGAGUCAAGGGGUAUUUUGAUCAUGGGCCUUUAUGUAUGGGGACAAAAUUCGGUAAUCUUGCGGCUUAGACGCAUCAUACUAGGGAGUCUCCUUCUUAAUAUCACUUUGAGCCCAUCGGCGGUAGCUUACACGCAGAACCGAUACUUCUCGGAAAAUGCUAAUCCCCUGCCGAGGCCCGUCAGAUGGGGACCACCUACGAAGCGAGAUGGAGAAGCACCGCUCAUGAUUAGCAACGCAUGUCCUGAAACCUUGUGGCCAGCUAUUGGAACUCAAGCUGGAACAGGACCAGGAACAGGAGGGUUUCAGUUAUUGUCGGGGGCUAUGGUUCGCCUGUCUGUGAGUCAGGAUUGGCAGGGUCGAGUGUGGGGACGAACAAAUUGUAGCUUUAAUGCUGCAGGCACUGGGGCUAGUAAUCUAAAUGGGAAAAACGGUGCUGGAGCUGCAUGUUCCACCGGAGACUGUGGCGGCGUACUAAAUUGUGUUAAUACUGGGGAAACACCGGUGACUCUCUCCGAAUUUGAUCUAGCCGGCGGAGUUGAUGGUCGGCAAGUUUUUUAUGACAUCUCACUAGUUGACGGCUAUAACCUGCCUAUGGGAAUAACUUUUAUGCCCGGCGACGUCGCUAAACUGCAAAGUAUUCCGCCACGACUUACGAACUGUGCUUGCAUAGGUACUUCGGGAUAUCUAGCACCUUUUGGAACGGAUCAGACUGACUCAGCAAAUUCCAUUCCGUAUGAAGCCAAGCAUACAAACUCUUCAGUUGCCGAGUGGUGUCCCUGGGAUCUUCAGGUCCAUCAGCCAACCGGACCAGUUGACGGCGUCUACUCUUAUCCCGACGAUAGUAUUCAGCGCCCCAUAUUUGAUCCUUGUCUUUCUGCGUGUUCCAAGUCUAAUUCUCCGGUUGACUGCUGUACAGGCAUUUACAAUGACCCAAAGGUUUGCAAGCCGCCACUUUACGCUAAACAGGCCAAAUCUGUCUGCCCCGAUGCUUACAGUUUUGCCUACGACGAUCAAACCAGCACUUUUAUUGUGCCGUCAGGUGGUGGUUGGAAGGUUCAAUUUUGUCCCGAAGGUAGAAGUACAAACAUCUUGGCUACACACAGACAAGAGCUUCUGGAUAUUGCGUCUAUGAAAGAAGCUAAGUUUGCGCUUGGAUACGAUUUCAACAACAAUUCUGUCGCGAUCAGGGAGAUUGGAAAGGGCGAGCAGAUGCGGGGUCGUGCCAAUGCAGUCCGCGCAAAGAUGUGGUGGGUCUCGCUAGUUGUGGCUAUUGUCCGUGUGGUGUAA